AUGGCCCCUCCUACUCCCACCUCUAACCCUUUCGCCGCCAUGAGGAACUUUGGUGGUAUGGUGUCGUCUGCUCUUUCCUUCGGUGAUAGGUCUCGCCAAGUUUCCUCUCUUGGCCUCGGCACUCUUUCCCUGGGGGAACCGUCUGGCGCCGCCUCGCCUCCUCGCUCUGCUUCUCCUCCCGCCAGUCCUCCUGCCGGUUCUCCCGCCCGUUCUCCCUCCGCUUCUCCUCCUGCCGCCAGCCCUCGCCGCAGGACGCCCGCCUUUCGUCCUGACUUCGAAGGAAAAGGGGGUGAUUAUAGUGAUGAGGAGGAUCAGGAUCGUGAGGGUGAAACUGAGUUAGAAGAUAUCUCAGAUGAUGAUAUGGUGGCGGUUAGUGUAGAGGAUAACAAUGUUGAUAGUCCUGAGUCCGCUCCUGCCCCUCCCCCUGCUCAAAUUGUGGGCCAGAAACGACGCCGUUCCCUCUCCUCUUCUUCUUCUUCCUCUUCUUCUUCUUCCUCUUCUUCUUCCUCUUCCGGGGUUCUCCCCCCCCCCGACGCCAUCGCCGCUGCCGCCGCUGCUGCCGCCGCCCGCUCUGCCGCCGCCGCCGCCGCCGCCGGUCCUGCUGCCGGUCCUGCUGCCGCCCCCCCCGUCGCUGCUCCCCCCCCUUCUCCCAGAGGGGAGCCUUCGCCCAAACGGGUGAAGAGAUCACUGCGGGAAGAAGAGUACUUGUGGGAGAAGAUGAAGUCCGAGCCUGGUCGUUGGAUCGCGGUUGGUGUUGACGAAGCGUGUGAUCGUUGCCGACGUGAGAUUAUCACGUAUAAUCGUCCAAACUGGCCCUGCCUCAAGGCAGUCAGGCCACACAACAAGGCCCUCCGUUGUGCUUCAUGCACGUCUGGCCCCUGCUCCUUCUGUCCCGUUUCCUCUGCCCGGGACAUCCCGCCCCGUCCCUUCGACGCUUCUCCUCUCCCCCCUCCCCAGACUCCAGCGUCUGUCCCCCGUUCGCGGGUACCGUCUUCGUCUCUCCGGUCGGUUCGCCGUACUUCGCCGGACCUCCGCCCGUCGCCUCCGUCGCCGUCGCCCUUCGCUCCUGUGGCCGGCCCAUCACGUCUCCCGGCUGUUCCUCCUUCGUCUUCUCGCCGUCCUUCGGCCUCUGCUCCUUCGGCCUCCCGUCCUUCGGCCUCUCGUCCUUCGGCGCCACGUCCGUCCUCUCCAGUGGUAGCUUCUCCUCCGGCUCACAGCACCCGAAGUCGGCGUCCUUCUGUUCCUCCGGCCACUUCGGCGGCCCCUCCCGUCACCCCUCCCUCUGCUCCCCAGAAGACACCGAAGUCUUCUUUAAAGAAAUCAAAAGGGAAAUCUAAAGGGAAGGAGGUUGCCUUCAAUGAUGCGUGCUGGUCCCUCUGCUCCCCGGUUGUCCCUCGUCCACCCUCGUAUCUCCCUGGACGUCCGUAUUCCUGA